AUGCCAACCCAUGGUCUACCCAGCACCAAGCUGCAAACCUUGACCCAGAGCUCCCAGUCGCUGUGUGAGACCAUCAGCCGUACCUAUGCCGUGGCUGAAAACAUUGCCUCCAAAGUUCGCGAGCUUGAUGAGAGCAAGGUUGGUCCACUGCGCCUCCUUUGCCGCGAAGAUUUCUGCGGCCUGGGCCGCAUACUCUGUCCAGACUUACCGGCCGCUUGCAAGAGGCACUUCAACACGUGGACGAUAUUCUUGAUCUUCGAGAGUGUUUCAAUGGGAUCCAAGAUGCUCUCAAGCACCAACAAUACGAGCAAGCAGCGGCAUAUGUCAAGCGCUACCUUGAUUUUGACCCAACCCUCCUGGAAUCCGAAAGCUCGGGUGCCCCUGACGCUGAAGCUCGGAUCACACAUGCUCAUGAGUCCACCUUUGCUUGAAUCUCAAGGUGGCAAGUCGAUUGAUAAGGUGCUAGAGCUUGCCCACAUGCAGCUCAAUGCCAUCUUAGACGACAACAUGGCCGAGUGCACCCAGCGCAUCCAACAGCUGCCCUCUGACACCGUCCGGCAGCUCCCCUCCAGCCCUAACAAGACACCGAGCCCCUCGGAAAACAACAGCGAGGCCACAGACACGAACCACGAGUCCCAAGCCUUUCGCACAAAGCUUGGCUCCAGCUCAUCUACUUUAUCGCAGGGUGAUGAUGAUAGCUCUGAACUUCAAGUUGUUUUGGAGCGAGCUCAGCGAUUCGCCAAGCUUUAUCCCUUGCUGCGCCGCCACGCCGAUGGCUUGCAGCGCCUGGCCACUUUUGAUGCUGCACGCCUCAAGCACCUCAAUCAUCUGGAUGACGAGAGUGCCAAUUCAGUGUUGCCCAGCCUCUCUCGUGUUUUGGAAACCAAUGCUAAGCUGAUCCGCGAGCAAUUGGUGCUUAUCGAAACGGCCUACGGUCCUGGGCACAGCAUCAAAUAUGUGCAGAGUCUUCUGCCAGCUGCAAACCACAACCCUGUUGCCUUACUCAAACAAUUUGUUGGGCUGCGCAACCUGCCCAUCCUUACCUCUCCUGAGGAGGCUGCAGAACGAGACCCAAGGACACUUGAUGCCAUUCUGGCCGAGUCUGCCCUCAUCUUGCUGCGCUGUGCGCUCUAUCACCAAUUUCUUCAGUACUGUUUAAGUACUGACUUUAAAGCCUUCCAGGCUGCACGUGCCCAAGGCGACGACACCAAUUUGCCAGAUCUUGAACCGGGUAUCGUGCAACACGUGUGGAAACAAUCAGAUCUCAACCGCGAAGUCUACAACCUUACCAGCCUUUACAUCAAGUUGGAAGAAGAGUUUUUGGAACGCAGCGUCCAAAAGGCCAUCGAUGUCGAUAAUAAAAUGACCACCACCGAGCGCACUUCGACACUGCCGGACGAUAUCUUCUUCGUGCUCGACAAAUGUGCUCGCCGUUCGUGCAGCACCAAAAAUGCCGACAGCGUCGGCGCCAUGCUCAACUUUAUCAGCAAUGCGCUUGAGGGACCCGUCUUGAAGUAUCUCCGCAAACCAGUUGACCAGGCCACGGGCAACAAGCUGGAUCUGAAGGCUCUCCGUGGUCGUAUAUCUGCAGGAAUCAAGUCGCUACGGGCUACGAACAAGGAUGGCGACCACGUCAACUCAGACUCGAUUGUCUAUUGUAUUAAUCUGAACAACUUGGAUACUUGCAUCAGCUACAUUCGUCGUCUUGUGCACGACCUUGAAGGCGUGGCUCAGCAAGCGUUUGGCUAUGCAGAUGAUGCUGAUUUGGUCAAAGUCCGGAGCUGCAUUCAAACCGUGCAAGACUGUCAGAGCGUCUUCACGCACAUUCUCGAGGCGGGCAUGGGAGCCUUGAUUAAGAUGCAGGCCCAGGCGCAGGUGAAAACUGCAAUUGAGGCUUGCGAUUUCGAAAGCUACUGUCUCGACUCUGACGACGAUGUAGCCGAAGAUCGCGAAGGUCUUGCACCCGUGCAGCGCAUUCUGGGCCUCUUAUUUGAAGACUUUGAAGUGAGUGUGUGUGUGUGUGUGUGUGUGUGUGUGUGUGUGUGUGUGUGUGUGUGUGUGUGUGUGUGUGUGUGUGUGUGUGUGUGUGUGUGUGUGUGUGUGUGUGUGUGUGUGUGUGUGUGUGUGUGUGUGUGUGUGUGUGUGUGUGUGUGUGUGUGUGUGUGUGUGUGUGUGUGUGUUUAUUUGAAUGCCGACAACUACACCCGCUGCUUGGAAGGUGUUGCAGCAGCACUUGCCUCGGAGUUGGAAGUGGCUGUCAUGGCGCACCAGUAUACUCCACUCGGCGGGUUUCAACUGGAACGUGACUUGCGUGGCGUUGUUCGAUUUUUGACUGGAGCAACCACGGCGCCCGUCCGAGACAAGUUUUUCAAGCUCAUGCAGAUCGGCACUGCCCUUGCCGUUGAGUCGCUGGACGACAUUCAAUACAUAUAUGGGCUGCGGGAAGGGGCCACCUGGCUCCUCCAGCCCGAAGAAUUGCGAGAACUUCUCAAGCUGAGGGUCGACUUGGAGGACGAGGCGAUUGACCAGCUGAACAUUCAAGGAUAG